AUGGAGGACGACGAUUUCGAAGAUCUCUACGGCGAUGUGGGCGCGGCAUCCGUCCCCGCGAGCGGCACCGCCGCUCCGGCUUCCGUGCGACUUGCGUACGACUACGGGCUGGGCGGCGACGACGACCUCGAGGAUGCCGACGACGAGGCGCUGCUCUACGGCUCGUCGCUUGCCGCACCACCCGCUCCUGCGAUUCCCGUACCCGUGAAACCCGAGCCUGUCGAACAGAUCGCACCGCCGUCCUCUACCCCCGCCGAACCUAAGGCGGAGCCUCUUAAGUCUAUUGCUAUUACCCCGUCGAUUCCGCCCCUCGCAACCGCGUCCGCACCCAACGGCCGCGAUGCAUCCAUCCCUUCCCCUCGCACCUCGCCGCCUGUUUCGCCUGCGGCCGCUCCUCCGUCAAAUGCCGGAGAAGCUUAUGACGCGGACGGCGGAGCGGCACCCGGUGCUUCGUCGACGCCAUCAGUUGAAGGAUUAGCCCCGCCCGCGACUGGCGGUGGAUCGCAGGAGCGUGGGCGCGGCGAGGAGGAGCAAGAGGAGGCGGAGGAGGAUGAGGAGGAUGCGUUUUACAAUCAGCUGUACGGGGGUGGGAAGGAUCGUGCAGAGGAGGAGGUGGAGGAGCGCGGUGCGAGCCCCAGUGGCAGCAAGGCAGGCGGCAUUGGGGGGAAAAGCCGCGGUGAGGAGGGCGAGCGGGCGGCACUGUGUGCCGACGUCGCUGGACCGACCUCGGACUCCCAUGACCUCUCUGCCACCGCCGCCGCUGACGCUGCUGCUGUAUCGAAUGUGCCUGUAGCGGGAGACGUUGAGCGGCAUGACGAAAAAGAAGAGUUUUUUCGGGGGAUGAAAGCGGAGGGGGAAGAGGAUGCGGAAGUGCGGGAGGCGGAGGAAGGGCGGAAGGACGCGGGCGCAAGGGCGGAAGGUGGUGUGGUCGUGGAGAGUGCAGGGGGAGGUGACGCAGAGGGGGUUAGGGUUGGGACUGGCAGAGUGGGGGACGAGCAGGAGGCAGCAGGGGGGGAGGAGGAGGAAGAAGAAGAAGAGGAUUUGGAGAAGUUUCUAUACAGCGCGGGGGGCGACGAUGAUGGUGGGGGGGACGGCGGAAAGGAAGGCGCGGAGGGCGAGCAGAGCCUGUACCCCUUCGCGGAGCUGGAGGCGGAAGAGGCGGAAGAGGCGGAGGCGGCGGAGGCGGCGGAGGCGGCGGAGGAGGCGGGGGAAGCGGAGGCGGAGACGUUACAAGGCAAGCAGGGGAAGGCAGGGGGCGGAGCAGACGGGCGAGGCGGGGACGAGCGGGUCGCUAUGGACGUUGAUGGGGAUGCGCGCCAAGGGCUUGGGGGGCGGGCCGGGGGAGAGGAGGAAGCGGAGGCGGGGAAGCACGAGGGAAAGGGGGAGGGGAUGGAAGAGGAUGGGGGGAUGAAGGCGGACGAGGAAAUUGGUGGCGCAGAAGGGAAGGAGGCGGAAGCGGAUGGGGAAGGCGGAGCAGAGGGAGAGGGAGGGGAGGAGGAGGAAGAGGAGGAGGAGGAGGAGGAGAGUGAGGAUGAUGACGAUGACGAUCUGAUCAUCGUGGCCAAUGACCCGGUGCCACCUGUCGGCGAGUGGGAUGAGGGCAUGGGGGAGGAGGGCAUGUAUGGCAUGGGCGCAGGGGGGGAGUACGGGGGCAUGCCUGGGGGCGCGGGGGGAGGCCAGGGUGAGGAAGGCGCUGAGGGCGGAGAGGGGGAGGGGGGAGGUGGCGCGGGGGGGCCGGGCACCCCGGCAGUGCAGGGGGGAGGGGGAGCAGGGCGCGGGUACCGAGUGACUCCGCCCUCCAAGGGCCAUUCCCCCAUGGGCAUGGAAGGCGCAGGCAUGGGCGCAACCCCCCCCGCCCCCCCUGGUUCCGCCCCUGGCGCGCUUGCAGCAGGGGGAGGGCCAGGGGGGGGUGCAGGGCAGGGUGGAGGGUGGGCAGGAGGCAUGGGGGGGCGAAUGGGCGCAGGGGGGCCCGCAAUGGGGGGAGGGGCGGGGCAGCAGGGGCAGUACCAGCAGCAGGGGGGCGGGCAGGGGGGGAGGCCGCCGGCAGUGUGGCAGCAUGGGUCGGGGCGGGGGUAUCACAUUGAGAUUAACCUGCCGCCCACCAAGACGGUGUUUGACCUGGACAUAGACAGCCUGGAGGACAAGCCAUGGCGGCGGCCGGGAGCGGAUGUGAGCGACUACUUCAACUUCGACCUCAACGAGGGCGCAUGGCGCCACUACUGCCACCGCCUCGCACAGCUGCGGCUGGAGGCGAGCAUGCAGAGCCGCAUCCCCGUGUUUGAGUCGCGCAUGCCCACUGAGGACAUAGACCCAGAGAUGCCGCCCGAGCUGGUGACAGCUGUCACACACGCCAUGGUCAGCCGCCCGCACGCCGACGCCGUCUUCUUUGUCGAGCGCCGCCCUUCCUGGGAGACACGCCGCCCGCGCCCUGUGGAUGCUGACGUCAUCAUCGAGCUCAGUGCUCCCCUCCUUUCCCUUUCCUUGCCCUCAUUCCCCCCCGCCCCACAUGGCCUCCCGUGUGCGCGCCUGCAGGUGCCGGUAGUGGGAUUGGCCAUGGACGCGCCUCCACCACAGCCCCCUCCCCCCGCCGGCCCUCCUCUUGCUGCCGCCCCCCAUGCUGCUGCUGCAGACGCGCACAGGGGGAUGGGCGCAGGGGGGGGAGGGGGAGGGGCAGGGGCAGGGUCAGGCGGAGGGGGAGGACCUAGUGGCAGUGCAGGGGGGGGAGGUGGGAGGAUGCACGGGGAGGGGCAGGGAGGCAGGGCGGUAUCAGGGCAACAGGGCGCACCUGGGGGAGGGCCAGCGAGCUCAGGUGGCACCCCAGCUGUUUCUUCAGGUGCCGCUGCUGCUGCUGGCCCGCCCUCCCGUGCUGCCUCUGUGGAGGGCGCAUCUGGCGCAGUGGCAGGGGGAGCAGGGGGGGGACCGCCUGGUGCCUUACCCCCGCCUCCCCCUCUCCCUCGAGGCCAGCAUCCCCCCUUUCCCCCCAUGUUCCCAGGGGGACCCGAUGGCAUGGGCAUGGGCGCGGGCAUGGGGGCGGGCAUGGGGGCAGGGAUGGGGGCGGGGAUGGGCAUGGGGGGGAGAGGCAUGGGCAUGGGGCGUGGCGGAGUGGGGGGGUUUGGCAUGGAGGGCGGAGGGAGGGGGCGAGGCAUGGGGCCAGGCGGAGGGCACAUGAUGAGGCCCAGUCCGCCCAUGGGCAUGAAGGGGGGAAUGCUGCCCCCGCACAUGCUGCCCCCCCAUGCGCACCCCAUGUUCCUCCGCGGCCCCCCUGGGGGCGCUGGCCCCAUGGGCGGACCCAUGGGCGGAGGCAUGGGGGGAGGUAUGGGCGGAGGCAUGGGGGGCGCAGGGGGGCACAUGGGGGGAGGCGGCAGGCGGGGAGGAUUCGAUAUGGGGGGCGGAGGGGGGUUUUCCGGGGGGAUGGGCAUGCACCGGCCCCCUCUUUCGCCGUCCCAUGCUGCCAGCUAUGCGACUGGGGGGGAGAGCAUGGGGGAAGGGGAGGGGCGCGCAGGGGCAAAGUCAAGGCGCCAGGGGAGGGGGAGGGGGGGGCGGGGGGAUGCAGAGGAGGAGGAUGAGGAAGGGAUUGGGGAGGAUGAGGGUAUGGGGAGGAGGAGAGAGGAUAGGAGGAGGGGGCAGAGGGACUGGGAGGAGGAGGAGGAGGAGGAGAUUGAGAAGGGGAGAGGGAGAGAGGGCGGGAAAGGGCGAGGUUGGGACGAGUAUGGGGGCAAGGAGAGGAAGAGGAGGAGAGUGCGGGGGGAGGAGGGGCAUGAGGAAGCGGAUGAAGAGUGGGAGGAGGAGAGGGGACGGCGGGGGGAGUGGAGGGGGAGGGAUGGCAGGGGGGAGAGGGAAUGGGGGAGGGAGAAGGGGGGCCUGUGGGGGGAGAGGGACCGGAGGGGCGGAAGGGGAGGAGAAGGGGAAGGGUAUGGGCGGCGGGCAAGGGGCAUGGGGAGGGAGGAUGGGGGGUUUGGGGAGGGGCCUAUGGGGGGAAGGGAACGAGGGGAGGAGAGGCGGGGGAGAUUCAGGGGGGAGGAGGAGGGGCGGAGGGCAGGGGAAGUGGGGUGGCGGAGGGAUGGGCGCGAGGGGGGUGAGGGGGGCCGAGUGUCGGGGUUUGACAAGCGGGGGGGGGAGUUUGGGGAGGGGAAAGAGGGGAGGCGGGAGAAGCGGGAAUGGCCCGAGGAGAGAGGGGGCGAUGAGAAGCGGAGGCGGGGCGUGGGGCGCAGGGGAGAGGACGACAAGGGAGGGGAGUUUGGGCGUGCCAAGGGAAUGCGCGGAGGGGGCGAGUGGGAGGAGGAGAGGGAGGAGUGGGAUGGGUGGGGAGAGAGAGGCGCGUCUGUGGAAAGGCGGGGGGGACGGCGGGGCGAGGAGGAGGGGAAGAAGCCUAGGCGGGGGGGACGCGAGGAGUGGGAUGAGCGCGGAUGGGAGGAGAAUGUGGGCAGGGGGGAGGAGCAUGCGGGGAAAAGAGGGAAGAGGGAUGGGCGGGAGGGGAGGCAGUGGAGGGAGGAUAGGGAGAGUGAAGGAGAGGAGGACUGGGCAGAGGGGAGGCAUGAGGAGGGUGCGAGGGGGAGGGGCAUGAAGGAGAAGCGAGGGAAGGGAGGGAUGGAGGAGGCGAGGGGCGGAAGGGAGGCGGAUGGGGAAGGGAGUUGGGCGUCUGGGGGCAGGGAAGGGCGGAGGGAGGGCGGAAGCAGGCGGAGGAGAGGUGGCUCGAGUGAAGGAGGGGAGGAGCUGGAGAGUGGAGGGGCGAGGGGCGCGCAGAGGGGAGAGGGCAGGGCAGAGGAGAGGGCAGCAGAGAGAGGAGAGGGGAAGGGCGGAGGGAGGGGUAAGGGGAAGGGGGCUGCGGCAGAGAGGGAGGAAGGAGGUGAGGGCGAGAGGAGGCGGGGGCGGAGGGAGAAGAGGGAAGAGAAUGAAAGGGAUGAGGAGGAUGGUAGGGAGGGUCGAGAGCAGAGCGAGAGAAAGGAGAAAGAUGGAGAGGAGAGAGGGGAAGAGGAGGGUAGGGAGGGUAAGGAACGUGAAGGAAGAGAGGGGGAGCAGGAAGAUGAGGAGGAGGAGGAGGAUGCGGGGGGGGACGCGGUGGACUAUGGCAGCAUGUGGGACGCUGAUGGCGAGGGGGAUGUGGGGAUGCACCCCAUAGAGGGUGGUGGGGGUGACAGGGGAGACGGGGCGGAUGGGGUGGGUGGGAAGGGUGAUAGGGGUGAGAGGGAUGAGAGGGGUGGAAGGAAUGGAGAGGGCCGGGAUGAUGGAGACAGCGAUGGGGAGAGCGAGAGGGAGGGCAGGGGGAAUGACGUGAGGCGGAAGGAAAGGGGGAGAGAACGGGAGAAUGUGCAAGAGAAGGGCAGGGAACACGAGAAAAAGGGGAGGAAGGGGCGGGAGGGGGAGGAGGUAGCAAGAAGAGAGGCAGAGGAGGAGGGGCGUGGCAACACAGUCAUUGAGCGCCCUCCCACCCCAGUAAGUCCGUGCCUCCACGCACCCCCCAUCACUCCGUCGCCUCGUGACCUCACCAUCAUGUCAUGUCGUCACCCCGUCGCCCCUUCACCUUGUCGCCCCUUCACCCCGUCGCCCCUUCACCCCGUCGCCCCGCCGUCCUUUCACCCCUUCGCCCCAUUGCUGCAUUGCCCCAUCAAACCAUCACACCAUCACCCAAUCACCCCUGGCCCACUCUCGUUCUCAUUGCCUUUCCCCACACCCUCACCUCCCCAUCCCCCCCUCUCUCCCCUUCACCCUUCCUCUCCCCCCCAUGUCCGCCCUCCUCCCUCCCCUCUCCCUGACGUCAGACUGUUGACAUUGACGAUGCUGACGAUGGGAGUGGACGGUGGGGGAUUCGGCAGGAGGGGAGGGGAGGUGCUGGGUCGAAGGCAGGAGGGGGCGAGGGAUGGUGGGGUGGGGAUGGGAGAGAGGGAGGAGAGGGAUAGGGAGGGAGGGGAAAGGAGGGGGGCGUGGAGAGAGGAGCGGGAGGAGAGAGGUGAGAGGGGGGAGAGGGGCGAGAGGGGUGAGAGGGUGAAGGAGAAGUGGAAGGAGGAGCGAGAGAAGGAGAGGGGCUUAAAGGAGGAGCGUGGAGGGAGUGUGGGUCCGGAGUCAGAUAGGAGUGCGCGGAGAGGUGUGAAGGACGAGAGGGGUGAGAGGAGGGAGAGAGGUGAGCGGAGGGAGAAGGAUGAGAAGAGUGAGAAGGGCGAGAAAGGUGAGAGGGGUGGACGAGGGGAUAAGGGGGAGAGGGGGGGGCGAGAGAGGGAAGAGAGAGAGGGAGGAAUGGAGAGGGUGAGUGAGGAGGGGAGAGGCAGGGAUAGGCACAAGCAGAGGGGGAGGGAGAAAGUCGGGGAGAAAGAAAGAGGAGAGAAAGAGCGGGAGCGAGAGAGGGGAAGGGAGAGGGGAGCAAGUGUGGGUGAGGAACGCGAUAGGGAGGUGGCAGGCAGGGGGGAGGAGAGGGCGGGGAUGAAGGCAGACAAAGAGGGGAGGCGAGGCGAGAGGGACGGGUGGAGAGGUGGUGAGGGGGUGGUUCGAGAGGGGGCCGGGCGAGAGGGUAUGGGCCGAGAAGCGAUGGGCAGCGAGGGUGCAGGCAAGGAGGGGCCUGUGGUUGACCUGCGGGCGAAGCUGCGCGAGGAGAAGGAGAAGGGGCGUGGUGGGCGCGGCCGGGACAAGGACGUACGGGACUGGGAGGGCGACGAGCGGGAGGAGAGGAGCCGCGAGCGCGGGUGGGGGAGGGAUGAGAAGGAGAGGGGCAAGGAGCGAAGCAAGGAGAGGGGAGGGGGCGGUGGGAUGGAGGGAUUGGGCGAGGCAGCAGGGGAGAGGAGACGUGGAGGGGAGGCACGCGAGGGGGAGAGGGGCGAGCGACAUGCACACAGAGGCGUGGGUGGUGCUGUGGAGGACGGCAGGCGGACAGGCACCGCGCCCCGCUCGCCCUCACCCACUGCUGCUGACACCACUGGCGCUGCAGGUGCUGGUGGCGGUGGAGUGCGGCGCAGUGCGGUGCAGCGCACGGAUGGGCACCUGGUGGUGCAGGUGGGGGGCCGCACGGGGGAAGGGGCCGCGGACAGGCGGGGAGGGGGGGCGUGGCGGGAGAGUCAGGGCCACCUAGUGGUGCACGUGGGGGGUGGGGGCGGGGGAGGGGAUGGUCGCAGGGCGAGUGGGGGGGAGGAGGGUGGUGCAGGCGCAUAUGGCGGGGCGAGUGGUGCAGGGGGGAGGAAGCGCAAGUCAGAUGACGGUGGGGACAGGCGCGGUGACAGGGAGGGAGCGAGCGAGGGAGGGGGGGGAGUGGGGAUGGGGGGAGAGGCGGGCAGCAUGGCAAGUGGUGGGGCAGGUGGCAGGGCGGAGGGGGAAGGGGCGGGAGGAGGGGAAGGCAAGACGGAGCGGCCCGCACGCAAGAGGCGGUGGGCAUGA